UACUAGUAGUACUAAUUAUUCUUCUCUAGUGGCCCCACCAGAUCCAAAAAAACUCCAUCCUUUCCUUAUUUUCCCCUCCCCCCAAUGACAUUGUACAAUCUAACAAGCAUCUUAUUUUCUUGGCUUUAUUUUCAAGACUCUUUUUCUCUAAAGUUUCAGUUUUUCUCUUGAGUUUUUUCUACUCUUUUUAGCUUGAUGAGUUUUCUUGGAGCUGGAGCUAGUCUUGAAUGAGAUAUAUCUUGCUGGGGUUUUCUUUUCACAAGCUGUCGCAUUUAAAAGCCUUGGUCUUUGGGAGGAGGGAAAAAUGCAGUGCACUAACUAUCUUCCAGGAUAUUACUACCCAAGAGAUCAUGUUUUCAGUCUUACGGGUAGUAAUUCACGGUCAAUACCCCACAGUGGUAUCGCCUGGAACAGUAGUAGAGGAUUCAAUCUUGCGUUUCCUCCAUUUAUGGUAGACCAGAGCCAGGAUUUAGUUUAUCAGAAGGAUAUAUUGAGACAGACAAUACUUAAACAUGAAGCAACAUUUAGAUAUCAGGUCAAUGAACUUCAUCGUUUAUAUGGAAGACAAAGGGAAUUAAUGGAUGAGAUUAAAAGGAGAAAACAAGUGGAUGAUCAUGUACACUUGCAAGAAUUAGAGCCAAAUACUUUUGUGUCUCUGUUAAGGUCUGAAAUUUCUGAGAAGACCUUUAGGCACUCAGUAAAUCUCACAAUCAUUGAGCCAUAUGCACCAAGUAAAGAAAUGUUUCAAGAGUCUUUCAGUUUUGGUGCCGACAAGACUGUGCAACCAGGUGUUGACUGUUUAUCAGGUAAAAACAUUUUAAAUGAAUGCACAGCAUCAUUAUUGAAGAACGACACAUCAAGGAAGAGAAUGUUGGAUCUUGAACUUCCAGCAGAAAAAGCCAUUGAUAAUGAAGAGGAAAAUCCUGUUAAAAGGAUAAAUGUUCUGAUUUCAGAAUUUCAACCUCAACGUUCUUCGAAAGUCAAAUUUGUUGCCUCUGGAGACUCUUCCAGUUCUCCCGCAAGUUAUAGGGGUACCUUUCUUUUGUUUGACCUGAAUGAACCAGCACAGCCUUUUGAGUCAGAGUGUCCGAAUUCUGCAUUUGGAUCGAAUAACAUUCACGAGGAAAUCCAGGACAGGGAUCUGGAUUUAUCCGGUAUUGGACGUGCAGAAUGCUCAACUCUGAAUAAAGAAGGGAGAGAUGGAAGCAACUUUAAGUCAUUUGAUGAAGACAAUAAGUUUUCAGAUUACACAAAUUGUAGGAAAGGCAUGGACUUGAAUUUGACACCUCCUACCUAUUUGUCUGACUACCGGUCUGCACCCUCCUCCGACAUUUCCCAUCUUAAUUUUCCUGAAGGCGGAAAUGUAGAGAUUCAUAAAAAUUAUGAGGUUCUUGACAGUAAGAUGGUUCCUGAUUCUUCACCUGAAUAUAGAAAAUGUACCAGGGAUAAUCACCUUGUAGGGACUAGCAUUGAUAGCAAGCUUUCGACAACUAAUAUUUGCAUCGACUUGAACUCCUGCAUCAAAGAAGACCUUUUAUCAUCUAGUCCAAGUGAAGCAACAAAGUCUACUGGGGAAAGAGAUCUGGAAGGUCCUGUUAGCCCAGAAAAUAAGGAGUGUUCUCCACCAAGAGGAGAUUCUCAGGACAGUAAAGUCAGUACAUCAAUCUAUUUACCAGGAAGAGGCCAUAAUGAUCCAAUCGAGGAAUUUGACAAGGUUGCAGCUGAUAUACUUAUUUUUAUUUCAUCAUCUGCAAAGUCUGCCAUUGGUGAACCAUCUGAAGCUUCUAGACACUUUCUAGGCCAGCUUGCUGAAGUUGCUAGUUCUCUGUCUAGUUGUCCAGAGAAUGAAGUUGAACAACCCAUGGAGAAGGAAAAAGGUAUUGCAUUCUGUAAUCAGCCAAGGAGGGGUCAAGCAAGGAGGAGGAAAAAGGAUCAGAAGGACCUUCAAACAGAUGUAGUACCUGCAGUGGGAUCUCUUUUGCAUCAGAUGAUUGCUCCAAAAUCCGGUCCAUGGAAGAAAACUCCGAGUGGGGCUAGUUCCAGAGGCGGGAGAUGGUCCAAUGAUGGAGAGAGAACAACAUUUGCUCUCCUACUGCAGCAUACUUUGGAUAACAAACAUGGAAUCACAGGCCGAUUUUUGAAAGGCUGGGGGGUGACAAAAAGGCGGCAAAGGGCUCGGAGAGCUCAGUCUUAUGUGUCUCCUCUUUUUUUUAGCUGAUGAGUAGUUGAACGGAGAGUAUAUUCCUGGACUCAAUACUUAUUAUAGAUUUAUAGUACAGGAAGUUGAUUGCUAGGAUUAUCUUCAUCCCUUCCUCUUUUUUUUUUUUUUUGGCUCUAGGAGAUGUUAUGUACAGAUAUUUAGCCAAGGAUUCAUACAGAAUACUUCAAUUUAGUCCUAUAGAAGUGUUCAUAUUCAAGUUACAAAUGAUGGAAGCAAACACACUUUUAUUCAUGGUUGGUAACUUAUCUAUACUUCAUGAAUUACUUUACAUUAGUUUGGAAUGAACAGCUUAUUCUCUGUGUGUAUAUAUAUAUAUUUUUUUUCUAUGCA